AGAAACUGAUUCCGUUUCUCUGCAAACGCGCUUGAAUCCUCAUUUUCCUUAUCAGAUCCUUUCUCUUCUUUCUAUUUCUGUUUCUACGCUUUCCCCUUUCCACUUCUCCUUCUCUCUUUCUCUUUCACUACAGAACCCCUCGGAAAGUCCGUACUGACGCCUCGGCGGUCCACAUGCUAUGUCCGCCCUCCGCCAUCGUACGCCACCUGGAUCAACCCGGUCUAACCGGGUACAAGAACCAGAAGAGGAGGCUUACAACAUUAUUCCCAUUCACAACCUGUUAGCUGACCAUCCUUCACUCCGUUACCCCGAGGUACGAGCCGCUGCUGCUGCUUUGCGUACUGUUGGGAAUCUCCGGAAGCCGCCUUAUGCUCAAUGGCAUCCUUCUAUGGACUUGUUGGACUGGUUGGCUCUUUUCUUUGGAUUUCAAAAAGAUAAUGUUCGAAAUCAGAGAGAGCAUAUAGUUCUUCACCUUGCUAAUGCUCAGAUGCGGCUCACUCCACCUCCUGAUAACAUCGACACUCUUGAUGCCACCGUGCUUCGGAGAUUUCGCCGGAAAUUGCUCAAAAAUUAUACAAACUGGUGCUCGUACCUUAAUAAGAAAUCCAACAUUUGGAUCUCUGACCGGUCAAAUCCUGAUCUCCGCCGGGAGCUGUUGUAUAUCUCUCUUUAUCUCUUAAUCUGGGGAGAGUCGGCCAAUCUCCGGUUCAUGCCGGAGUGUAUUUGUUACAUUUUUCACAAUAUGGCCAUGGAAUUGAACAAGAUACUUGAAGAUUAUAUUGAUGAGAACACAGGGCAGCCGGUGAUGCCUUCUUUUUCCGGUGAGAAUGCGUUUCUUAACUGUGUCGUUAAGCCGAUUUAUGAAACUAUUAGAGCCGAGGUAGAGAGUAGUAAAAAUGGAACAGCGCCUCAUAGUGCUUGGAGGAAUUAUGAUGAUUUGAAUGAGUAUUUUUGGAGUAAAAGGUGUUUUGCUAAAUUGAAGUGGCCACUUGAUGUUGGAAGCAAUUUUUUCGUGAUAUCCAGUACGCAGAAGCAUGUAGGGAAGACAGGGUUUGUAGAGCAAAGGUCCUUUUGGAACUUGUUAAGGAGUUUUGAUAGAUUAUGGGUGAUGUUGAUAAUGUUUCUACAGGCUGCGAUUAUUGUUGCCUGGGAAGAGAAGACUUAUCCAUGGCAGGCAUUGAAAGAUAGAGAUGUUCAGGUUCGGGUUUUGACUGUGUUUUUCACCUGGAGUGGUUUGAGGCUCUUGCAGUCUUUGCUUGAUGCAGGUACGCAGUAUAGUUUGGUUUCUAGGGAGACUAUGGGGCUUGGGGUUAGAAUGGUAUUGAAAAGUGUAGUUUCUGCUGGGUGGAUUGUUAUAUUUGGGGUAUUCUAUGGAAGGAUUUGGACUCAGAGGAACAGUGAUGAUAGGUGGUCUCCUGAGGCUAAUAGGAGGGUUGUUAAUUUUCUUGAGGUGGCAUUUGUGUUUGUGUUGCCUGAGUUGUUGGCUUUGGCUUUUUUUAUAAUCCCAUGGAUUAGGAAUUUCCUUGAGAAUACGAAUUGGAGGAUUUUUUAUUUGUUGUCAUGGUGGUUUCAAAGUAGGAGUUUUGUUGGUCGUGCAUUGAGGGAGGGGCUUGUUGAUAAUAUCAAGUAUACUUUAUUUUGGGUUGUGGUUUUGGCUACCAAAUUUGCUUUCAGUUACUUUCUGCAGAUUAAACCCAUGAUUAGGCCAUCAAAACUGUUGGUGAAUCUUAAAACUGUGGAAUAUGAAUGGCACGAGUUUUUCAAAAAUAGCAAUAGGUUUGCAGUAGUGUUGUUGUGGCUUCCUGUGGUAUUUGUUUAUGUUAUGGACUUGCAGAUUUGGUACUCAAUUUAUUCCUCUUUUGUGGGUGCGGCAGUAGGCUUAUUUGAACAUUUGGGUGAAAUUCGAAACAUCCAGCAGCUAAGGUUGAGGUUUCAGUUCUUUGCAAGUGCAAUUCAAUUUAAUCUCAUGCCAGAGGAGCAGCUGUUAAAUGCUCGGGGGACUCUGAAGAGCAAGUUCAAGGAUGCCAUUCAUCGGUUGAAGUUGAGGUAUGGGCUUGGCCAGCCCUAUAGUAAGCUGGAGUCUAACCAGGUCGAGGCAAACAAAUUUGCUUUGAUCUGGAAUGAAAUUAUAAUGACUUUCAGGGAAGAGGAUAUUAUCUCUGAUCGGGAGCUCGAGUUGUUGGAACUACCACAAAAUUCUUGGAAUGUAAGAGUUAUUCGAUGGCCCUGUUUUCUUCUCUGCAAUGAAUUACUGCUUGCUCUCAGCCAGGCCAAAGAGUUGAUAGAUGCUCCUGACAAGUGGCUCUGGUACAAAAUAUGCAAGAAUGAGUACAGGCGCUGUGCUGUUAUAGAAGCUUAUGACAGUGUCAAGCACUUGUUGCUUGAGAUCCUCAAGAUAAACACCGAAGAACAUUCAAUUAUUACAGUCUUGUUUCAGGAAAUUGAUCACUCACUGCAGAUUGAGAAGUUUACUAAGACUUUCAACAUGAUUGCUCUUCCUCAUUUCCAUACCAAGUUGAUAAAACUUGUUGAGCUGUUGAAAAAGCCUCACAAAGAUCUUAACCAGGUGGUGAAUACCCUGCAAGCUCUGUAUGAGAUUGCUGUGCGAGAUUUUUUCAAAGAGAAGAGGAGCACAGAACAGUUGAGGGAGGAUGGGUUGGCUCCUCAUGAUCCUGCUGCCAUGGCAGGGCUGCUUUUCCAGAAUGCAGUUAAAUUGCCUGAUGACAGUAAUGAAACCUUCUAUCGGCAGGUACGGCGGUUGCACACAAUUCUUACCUCUAGGGAUUCAAUGAACAAUAUUCCCAAAAAUCUUGAGGCCAGACGUAGAAUUGCUUUUUUUAGUAAUUCCUUGUUUAUGAACAUCCCUCAUGCUCCCCAAGUUGAGAAAAUGAUGGCCUUUAGUGUCCUGACCCCGUACUACAAUGAAGAAGUGCUGUACACCAGAGAACAACUUCGAGCGGAGAAUGAAGAUGGGAUUUCCAUAUUAUACUAUUUGCAAACAAUUUAUGAUGAUGAAUGGAAGAAUUUUAUUGAAAGGAUGCGCAAAGAAGGAAUGGUGAAAGAACAUGAGAUAUGGACAACCAAGUUGAAGGAGCUUAGGCUAUGGGCAUCUUACAGAGGCCAAACAUUGUCUCGUACAGUAAGAGGAAUGAUGUAUUAUUAUCGAGCUCUUAAGAUGCUGGCUUUUCUUGAUUCUGCUUCAGAGGUGGACAUCAGGGAGGGUUCACGAGAACUUGGACCAAUGAGGCAAGACGGUGGUUCGGGUAGCUUCAAUUCUGAGAACCCUUCUGCCAAUGGAUUAAGUAGAAAUAGUAGUUCAGUCAGUUUGUUGUUUAAAGGCCACGAGUAUGGCACUGCUUUGAUGAAAUACACAUAUGUGGUUGCCUGCCAGAUAUACGGGACUCAAAAGGCAAAGAAGGACCCACAUGCUGAGGAUAUACUCGAUUUGAUGAAGAAUAAUGAGGCUCUUCGAGUUGCAUAUGUUGAUGAGGUGAACACUGGGAGGGAUGAGAAGGAAUAUUACUCAGUGCUUGUGAAGUACGAUCAGCAAUUGGAGAAAGAAGUUGAAAUCUACAGGGUCAAGUUGCCAGGCCCCUUGAAACUUGGAGAGGGAAAACCGGAGAAUCAAAAUCAUGCUAUCAUCUUUACACGUGGUGAUGCUGUGCAGACUAUUGAUAUGAACCAGGAUAACUAUUUUGAGGAGGCACUCAAAAUGCGAAAUCUCUUGGAAGAAUACAGGCACUACUAUGGGAUUCGGAAGCCUACUAUCUUGGGAGUCAGGGAACAUAUAUUUACUGGUUCUGUCUCAUCACUGGCAUGGUUUAUGUCGGCACAGGAGACGAGCUUUGUCACCUUGGGACAGCGUGUUUUGGCAAAUCCUUUGAAAGUUCGAAUGCAUUAUGGCCAUCCAGAUGUCUUUGACAGGUUGUGGUUCUUGACUCGUGGUGGCAUCAGUAAAGCUUCCAGGGUGAUUAAUAUUAGUGAAGACAUUUUUGCUGGUUUUAACUGCACCUUGCGAGGAGGCAAUGUCACUCACCAUGAAUACAUCCAAGUUGGCAAGGGAAGGGAUGUUGGCUUUAAUCAGGUUUCAAUGUUCGAAGCCAAGGUUUCCAGUGGAAAUGGAGAGCAAGUUCUCAGCAGAGAUGUUUAUAGGUUAGGCCACAGGCUGGACUUCUUCCGGAUGCUAUCAUUCUUUUAUACUACUGUGGGAUUCUAUUUCAAUACAAUGAUGGUCAUUCUGACUGUGUAUGCAUUUCUAUGGGGCCGGCUUUAUUUGGCUCUUAGUGGUGUUGAGGCUUCUGCUUUGGCUAACAGCAGCAACAAUAAAGCACUUGGUGCUAUUCUGAAUCAGCAAUUCAUAAUCCAGCUUGGUCUUUUCACUGCUCUUCCGAUGAUAGUAGAAAACUCUCUCGAGCAUGGAUUCCUCCAAGCCAUCUGGGAUUUCUUGACAAUGCAACUUCAGCUCUCAUCUAUUUUCUACACAUUCUCCAUGGGCACUAAGACUCACUUCUUUGGUCGAACUAUCCUUCAUGGUGGUGCAAAGUAUCGCGCAACUGGGCGUGGUUUUGUUGUGCAGCACAAGAGUUUUGCAGAGAAUUAUAGGCUCUACGCUCGUAGCCAUUUUGUGAAGGCGAUUGAACUAGGGCUGAUACUAACUGUUUAUGCCUCACAUAGUGUUAUAGCUAAGGAUACAUUUGUUUACAUAGCCAUGACUAUCUUUAGUUGGUUCCUGGUUGUGUCAUGGAUAAUGGCUCCAUUUGUUUUCAAUCCAUCUGGUUUUGAUUGGUUGAAAACAGUGUAUGAUUUUGAUGAUUUUAUGAACUGGAUUUGGUAUAAAGGUGGUGUGUUUGCAAAAGCUGAACAGAGCUGGGAAAGAUGGUGGUAUGAGGAACAGGAUCACUUGAGGACCACUGGACUUUGGGGAAAAUUACUGGAGAUAGUUUUGGACCUUCGCUUCUUCUUUUUUCAAUAUGGCAUUGUCUACCAGCUAGGCAUUGCUGCUGGCAGUACCAGCAUUGCCGUUUACUUGUUGUCUUGGAUUUAUGUUGUUGUUGCCUUUUCAGUUUCUUGGCUGAUAGCAUAUGCUAGGGACAAGUAUGCAGCAAGAGAACAUAUCUACUAUCGCCUGGUCCAGUUUCUUGUGAUUAUACUUGCAAUAGUUGUGGUAGUAGCGUUGCUUGAGUUCACAUCUUUCAAAUUUGUGGAUAUAUUCACCAGUUUGUUGGCUUUUAUCCCUACUGGAUGGGGCAUGUUGUUGAUUGCCCAAGUACUCCGCCCCUUUCUCCAGUCCACUGUACUUUGGGGAUCAGUGGUGUCUGUGGCCCGGAUGUAUGAUAUAAUGUUCGGAGUGAUUGUUAUGGCUCCUGUGGCAUUUCUGUCGUGGAUGCCUGGGUUUCAAUCAAUGCAGACACGAAUCCUAUUCAAUGAUGCAUUUAGUAGGGGCCUCAGGAUAUUCCAGAUUGUCACAGGGAAAAAAUCUAAGGGUGAUUUGUGAUUUGAGCUUUGAAGUUGUGAUGCGGUGUAAGAAAAUGAGCAGAAUUUUCUUUCAAUAUGGCUUGUGAGUCCGACAUAGAGUCGAUAAAAACUUCUGCAGGGAGGUGAAGAUUCAGUUUGCUUCUUGAUUCUGAUAUCCAUCUUUCAUUACUGUUGUAAUUAUCAGAUCUCUCAUUGAUGUUCAUUUAUUAUUUUGGGGGGAGCUUUUGGUUAUACGUGCUUUUAUCUUCCCUUCGCAUUUUUUAAAGUACAGCUCUUAACAACGCAUAGUGUCUAUACUGAGGUUAGUGUGGUAGUCUGAGAUUUGGUAGAAUAUUUGUAAUUCUUUUGCCAGAUAUGCACCUUUUUUCUUCACUA